CCCAGUGCAGCGGGCGGCCGCGAGCAGGAACCAUGCUGGGCGGGCGGGCGGUGUGGGCCGUGAUCGCGCAGCAGCUGCUGUGGGGCUGCGGGCUGGCGCUGCAGGGCGGGCUGCUGUACCCCCGGGAGAGCCCGUCUCGGGAGCGUAAGGAGCUGUCGGGCCUCUGGAGCUUCCGCGCCGACUUCUCCGACGACCGGCGCCAGGGCUUGGAGCAGCAGUGGUACCGGGCGCCGCUGCGAGAGUCUGGUCCCACCUUGGACAUGCCGGUACCAUCCAGUUUCAACGACGUGGGCCAAGAUAUUCGGCUGAGGAGCUUUAUUGGCUGGGUGUGGUACGAACAGGAGGUGACUUUGCCCCAGCGAUGGACCCAGGACCUGGGCACCAGAGUGAUGCUGAGGAUUGGCAGCGCUCACUACUAUGCCAUUGUGUGGGUGAAUGGGAUCCAUGUGACAGAGCAUGAGGGGGGCCAUCUCCCCUUCGAGGCAGACAUCAGCAAGCUGGUCCAGAGUGGGCCCCUCUCCUCCUGCCGCAUCACCAUCGCCAUCAACAACACACUCACCCCCCACACCCUGCCGCCGGGGACCAUCCUCUUCGAGCAUGACACUUCCAAGUACCCUAAAGGUUACUUUGUCCAGAACAUGCACUUUGACUUCUUCAACUAUGCGGGACUGCACCGGCCAGUGCUUCUCUACACCACACCUACUGCCUACAUAGACGACAUCACUGUCACCACGGGGGUGGACCAAGACACUGGGCUGGUGAAUUACCAGAUUUCUGUCCAAGGCAGUGACCACUACCAACUGGAUGUGUUUCUUAUGGAUAAGGAAGGCAAAGUCGUGGCUAAGGGAGAGGGAAGUCAGGGCCAGCUGCAGGUGGACUCUGCCUUUCUCUGGUGGCCUUACCUGAUGCAUGAGGAGCCUGCCUACCUCUACUCACUGGAGGUGAGGCUGACCGCACACACAGCAGCUGGACCUGUGUCUGACUUCUAUACCCUUCCGGUGGGGAUUCGAACUGUGGCGGUCACUGAGAACCAAUUUCUCAUCAACAGGAAGCCUUUCUAUUUCCACGGGGUGAACAAGCAUGAAGAUGCAGAUAUCCGAGGAAAGGGCUUUGACUGGGCCCUGCUGAUGAAGGACUUCAACCUGCUCCGCUGGCUUGGUGCCAACUCCUUCCGCACCAGCCACUAUCCCUAUGCUGAGGAGGUGAUGCAGCUCUGUGACCGCUAUGGGAUUGUGGUCAUUGAUGAGAGUCCCGGUGUGGGCAUCGUGCUGAAGGAGAGUUACAGCAACCAGUCUCUGCAGCAUCACCUGGAGGUGAUGGAGGAACUGGUUCGCAGAGACAAGAAUCACCCUGCAGUGGUCAUGUGGUCAGUAGCCAAUGAGCCUGCUUCUUCCUUGCAGCCUGCUGGUUACUACUUCAAGAUGCUGAUUGCCCACACCAAAGCCUUGGACCCUUCCCGACCCGUGACCUAUGUGACCAACAGCAUGUUUGACACAGACUUGGGGGCCCCCUAUGUGGAUGUCAUAUGUGUGAAUAGUUACUACUCCUGGUAUCAUGACCCCGGGCACUUGGAAGUGAUACAGCUGCAACUGGCAACCCAGUUUGAGAACUGGCAUAAGACCUAUCAGAAACCCAUUAUUCAGAGCGAGUAUGGAGCAGAUAGCAUCGCAGGGAUUCACCAAGAUCCACCUCUUAUGUUCAGUGAAGAGUACCAGAAAGAUCUGCUAGCACUGUAUCAUAUGGUUCUGGAUCAAAAACGUAAAGACUAUGUGGUUGGAGAGCUCAUCUGGAACUUUGCUGAUUUUAUGACUGACCAGUCAACAUUAAGAGUGAUGGGGAAUAAGAAGGGAAUCUUCACUCGUCAAAGACAACCGAAAAGUGCUGCAUUCCUUCUGCGAGAAAGAUACUGGAAACUUGCCAAUGAAACCAGGUUCCACCAGUCAGAUAUGAAGUCUCAGUGUUUGGACCCAUCUACUUUUUAAAGCAAGAGCUACCUCUUUCGCUGCUGGCUGUGUAGUACCUUCUCUCCAAGUAAGGGACAACUGAUAGCACAGCAGAGCAGGUGCUUUCUCGACUAUUAGGCUGGUUGGGGUUUUGUAUUAAUGCUAGAGUGAGUGUUGAAAAUGAGAAGCAAAAACAAACAAACCAACCUCAAAUAAACAAAAAGCAUAUAUAUAGCAGGGAAAGAGUUGUGUUAAAGGUGACCAUCUAUAAAUUAAAAUAUCUGUGCUGAGAGCAACUGAAAUUAA